UUUGACAGUGUUGAGAAACAAGCAUGCUUGGAUAUAUACGUCACCCGAGGGAAGUUCGAAAAGGAGCAGAGCAUAGUGCAUUGAUAUCUAAAUGAAAUUCGGUGGCUUAUUGCGAUAAAAUCCUAUGAUAAACACCACAAACAAAUUCAAAAAUGAGUGACGAUUUUUUAAAUAAACCAUUCGCAAUACCGCUCGCACCGACCGAAGCGGCAAAAACAUUUAGUAGUGCUCCCGUCUCGCCGUAUCUCAACUAUGAUUCGCGAUAUCUACAGCAAGCACAGCCAGAAUUCAUAUUUCCCGAGGGUGCCAAUAAACAGCGUGGGCGUUUCGAGCUUGCCUUCUCACAAAUAGGCACUUCUGUGAUGAUUGGAGGCGGAAUCGGCGGAAUGGCAGGUGUCUAUAAUGGUAUCAAAGUCACCAAGGCGCUCGAACAGACGGGAAAACUUCGACGAACGCAGUUAAUUAAUCACGUUAUGAAGCAAGGUUCGGGCACGGCGAACACGUUGGGUACACUUGCGGUACUUUAUUCGGCGUGUGGGGUGUUGUUGCAGUUCGUCCGUGGGGAGGAUGACUAUAUAAACACAGUUAUUGCAGGAUCUGCCACAGGACUGCUAUACAAGUCAACAGCUGGCCUACGGAGGUGUACAUUUGGUGGCGCUAUUGGGUUAGGCAUAUCGUCGCUCUAUUGCUUAUACCUGUUAGCGCAAGAGAAUAGUUCAAACUCAAGUCACAAACUCCAGUAGAAGGCUAAAGUUUCUAGCAGAAAAGCAUAAACAAAAUACAAAGUCUUUGUUCAGAUUUGAUGCGCUUAACCUUGUACAAUGAACUUUUGUUUUACAUUAUCUAAAGUUGUUUGCAUAAAAUUUGUUUUAUUGCAUAUAAAGCCA